AUUCACCGUUGCUCUAACUCGUCUGAACCCGCUGAACAGUAGACAGCAAACAUGUCGUUCCGCACGGGUCUGCGGGUCACAAAUCUGCUUAAAAGCUCGUCGAAGAGACCAGCGAGGACCGUUGGCUCGUCAUCGUCGCCUAGAGCCUCCGUUUCGCCAUUCACCGAGCCUACAUCUCCAAAUCCUACGGCUACCAAGUAUGCUGAGACAACCGAGUCAUUACACACUUAUGGAUCAUACCUCAUGCAAUGUCUCCCCAAAUUCGUCCAGCAGUUCUCCGUGUUAAAGGACGAGCUCACUUUGCAUAUCUCUCCGUCUGGUGUCAUCCCCGUUUUGACUUUCCUUCGAGAUCACUCGCAGUGUCAGUUCAAAAGUAUUGUGGAUAUCACCGCUGUCGAUUUCCCAGAACGAGAGAAACGCUUCGAGGUGGUUUACAACAUGUUGAGCAUCAAGCAUGCGGGGAGGAUUCGGCGGACCACCGUACCCAGCAGUGUUUCUGUCUUCAGUGGAGCAGACUGGUAUGAACGGGAGACGUGGGACAUGUUUGGUGUCUUCUUUACUGGUCACCCCGACUUGCGUCGCAUACUGACAGACUAUGGUAAGGGUCAUCCCCUCCGAAAGGACUUCCCAUUGUCGGGCUACACCGAAAAGAAACGCGUCGUUUACGAACCUCUGCAAUUGACCCAGGCUUUCCGCAACUUCGAGUCUCUGUCACCUUGGGAACAACUCAAGUCUGUUCCUCCACCUCAGCCCGAACAGCCUCCAAAGAAGUAGAUGUUACUACGUUAUUCAUUUAUAUACAUACACAACAUUCCU